GAACCAGACAGUCACCAAACUGAGCAUGGCUGCGGAUGCGCUGCGAUAUUUGCAGGAGCAAAGCCGCGAGAUGGGCGGAACUCCUUUGGGCCAAGAGUACGAAACUGCGGCUGCUGCUGCAGGGCCCGCCGUGGCUUUGGCCCAGGACCCGCAGCCAACGCUGCCUCGGCUUGAGGAGGAGCUGCGAACGCUGCAUGAGCAUGCCUGGACGCAGCUGCAUCAGAAAACAGACAGGCCCUUGGCUCCCUGGCGCGAGGUCUUUGCAGUGUCCUGCCUGAUGCGCUGCGAGCUGGAAGGCCGCGCGGGACGGCCUUUGGAGGCACUGCGCUUGGUAGACCUUGGUCUGAUCCUUGGAGGCCCCGAGACCUUUGUGGCGCCCGGCCUCUUCCAGCACGCUCGGAGCCUCGCCUUUGAACUCUCUGAGAGUCCCAGUGCCAAGCGUCCGCGACAAGGCCGCCUCUUUGAGGCGGGAACCGAAGUUCUCCCCACGCUGCGACGACGCUGCGCUCAGCGGGAGGAGGUGGACCUAGAGACCUUUUUGGUGUCCCACUUCGCGCCAAAGACCCCGCUGAUUCUGCGCAAAGGCUGCGCCUGGCCGGCGGUAAGGCGCUGGUCAGAGGAGUCCUUUUGGUGCGGAGGACCGUUAGGUCAACGCUUCGUGCCCGUGGAGACGGAUUAUUGGAUGGAUGAGGGCUUUAAGAUCAUGCAGCUGUGCGACUUCGUGCAGCAUUGCAGUGAGGUCGAGGGGCACUCUUCAGCUCCAUCCCGUGGCGGCUACUUGGCGCAGCAUGCCUUGUUUGACCAGCUGCCGGAACUGGAGGCAGACAUCCUGACCCCGGAGCUAGCUUUGUGCGGCGAAGGAUCGCUUCUCCGGCAGGUGUUCUUCGGGCCGAAGGGAACGGUGACUCCUCUGCACUUCGACCCUUACGAGAACAUCUUUUGCCAGGUGGUUGGCGUGAAGUACCUGCGCCUUUUUCCACCCAGCGAGUCUGAGAAUCUGUACCCUCGUGAGGGUGACCUGAGCAACAACUCCCGGCUAGAACCUGCAGACCUGCUGGCAGGCGAGUCCGCUGAGGGCGCAUACGGGGACUUCCCAAAGCUGCAGAAAGCAGAGUUUCAGGAAGCAGUCUUGCAGCCCGGGGACUUGUUGUACCUUCCCAUGGGGUGGUGGCACUACGUCAAAAGCUUCUCCACCUCGAUCUCCAUAGCGUUCCAUUUCACCUAGGCAACUGCUGUGAAGGCUGCGCAGGUGGC